AUGCGAAGUAGGAAUAACACAAAUGUGCUUGAUUUCAUUCUUGUGGGAUUGACAGACUCUGAGGUGAUCCAGCAGGUCCUCUUUAUGUUAUUUCUCUUGAUAUACUUGAUUACCAUGUUGGGAAAUGCAGGGAUGAUACUGAUAAUUCGCCUGGAUCUCCAGCUUCACACCCCCAUGUAUUUUUUCCUCAGUCACCUGUCAUUCCUUGACCUCUGUUACUCUACGGCCAUCACACCUAAAACCCUAGAGAAUUUAUUGAAUUCUAACAAGUAUAUUUCAUUCAUGGGCUGCUUCACCCAGAUGUCUUUUUUUUUCUUCCUGGGUGUCACUGAAUUUUUCCUUCUCUCUUCAAUGGCCUAUGACCGCUAUGUAGCUAUCUGCAAUCCUCUGACUUACCCAGUUGUCAUGUCCAGGAGAUUCUGCGGAGCCCUCAUCACUGGGUCCUAUGUGAUUGGCUUUACUGAAUCAUUAGUCAAUGUUGUUUACAUGAACAGUUUGCAUUUCUGUAAAUCCACUGUAAUCCACCACUUUUUCUGUGACACAAUCCCAAUUUUAGCCCUGUCCUGCACUGACACUCGUGACACUGAAAUUAUGAUACUCAUUUUUAGUUGUUUCAAUGUUAUGGUGUCUCUUAUCACAAUCUCUGUGUCCUAUGGGUCCAUUCUGUCUACUAUCAUGAAAAUUAAUUCCACUUCAGGAAAACGCAAAGCCUUCUCUACUUGUGCCUCCCACUUCCUGGGAGUCACUAUCUUUUACAGCACUACGAUUUUUACUUAUUUAAAACCAAAGCAGUCCUACUCCUUGGGAAGGGAUCAAGUGGCCUCUGUGUUUUAUACAAUAGUGAUCCCCAUGCUGAAUCCACUCAUUUACAGUCUUAGGAACAAAGAGGUGAAAAAUGCUCUCAUUAGAAUCAUGCAGAAGAGAGAAGGCUCCAGAAUGUAUUAUAGGAUUUAG